AUGAUCAACAUGACUGACAGUGGCCGCUUCUUGGGCUCUGCGUGGUGGAUACUCCAGGUCCUCCGCGCCUGCAACAUCAUCGCCCUGCUCAGCGUCUCCGCCGCAAGCAUUGUCAUGGUCAUCAAGACCGACGUCAAGAACAGCUUCUUCUUCUUCCAGGCCUUCUCUCACCUAGUCACUGCCGUUAUUGCGCUCGUCCUCAUCGUCUCUGAGCUCCCCCAGCCGCGGUUCGUCAGGGACUUCUUCCGCAACAACUGGCCCACCUUCUCUACUGUCGACGCUUGCAACAGGGGUCACUCACUGGCCUGGCUGGGUGUGUGGAUGGUGUCCAUGGGCGCCUGGGUUCUCGGCUCCCUGAACGGCGACAACCUGGUCGAGAAGCUGUCCCUGCCGCUCUGGCGACUGACCCUGGCCGCUGGAAUCCUCGCCCUCGUCUUCGGUUUCUUCAACUUCCUCGUUUCCGUGCUAUUCCGCAAUGGAUCCCACGGUAUCACCGCCCGCAUGAUCCGCGAGCACGGCGCCAACGUCUACAACGCCCGCACCAGGACACUGCCCCCCGACUACGACCUCGACGCCUCGACCCUUAACAGCAGCAGCCACUCCAACUCGAUCCGCAAGGAAAAGCAUAACGCCAACGCCGGCAACCGCUUCACGCAGAACUUCACGCAGGGUUUCGCGAACAACCGCAUCACGCGCAUGUUCGGCAAGGACAAGCGGCCCCAGAUCAGCGGGCCCAUCGGCGCCCCCGUCAUGCAUGAGCGGGACGUCGAGGCCCAGUACCCCGAACACCACCCGCAGGAGAACGUGGUGAUCCGCCCCGUGAGCCCCGUGAGCCCCGCUACCGCUAGGGAGUCGUGGGAGGGGAGCGACCGGGCGAGCCCCAUCGCGCCCAACGUCCAGCGCCCACCAACCGCUCUGCAUCCCGCCUACACCGGAAAGGCGCGCACGUUCCGCUCGAGUAUCUACUCCACAGCCUCACACCUAAACAGGUUCUAG